UUGAAUGAGGGCCACAAGAGUUGAAUCCAAGUUUCUUCCAGUCUCAGGGUGUUGAAAAUUACUGGACUAUUAUUAUCCUGGUAUAACUUUGUUCUGGCAAAGUGGCUGUGCACCAGAACUGGAACAGGCUCUUCAUUAGAUAAUACAUCCACCACAUUGUGGACUUGGAAAACAAACAAAUGGCCACACACUGAGUGGCCAUGUGAUUUGGCCUCGGAUCAAAACAGGACAGAAGCUAAAGCAUUUUAAAGGAUUCUGUUUUUCAGUCUUGAUGUAACUAAGUGUAUGAACAUGCCAGAAUCUGAGGUUUGGGACUAAACUGAUAGAUGACAUCACCAGAAUGUGUUUCUUCUUCUGAAGCAUUUGGCAACAUGGACCAGCUUUCUAGGAUGUCCAUAUGAGGUUGCCCGUGUGGUUGUUGCUUCUCGCAAUUAUGCAGAUUUUGCAACUGAGGCUACAUUUGAUAUUAAGAAAUGCGAUCUCCACCGCUUGGAAGAAGGUCCACCCAUUACAACUGUGAUGACUCGGGAGCAGGGAUUGCAGUACUACAAGACUAUGCAGACUAUACGGCGCAUGGAAUUGAAAGCAGACCAGUUGUAUAAACAGAAGAUUAUUCGAGGCUUCUGCCAUUUAUAUGAUGGCCAGGAAGCUUGCUGUGUUGGACUUGAAGCUGCCAUAAAUUCGACAGACCAUUUGAUCACAGCCUAUCGGGCUCAUGGCUUUACAUAUACUCGUGGUGUUCCAGUUCGAGAAAUUCUUGCUGAGCUCACAGGUCGGAUAGGUGGAUGUGCUAAAGGCAGAGGAGGCUCCAUGCAUAUGUAUGCUAAAAACUUCUAUGGUGGUAAUGGUAUUGUUGGUGCCCAGGUGCCUUUGGGAGCUGGUAUUGCUUUGGCAUGCAAGUACUUUGGCAAGGAUGAGAUCUGUGUGACAUUGUAUGGUGAUGGUGCUGCCAAUCAGGGUCAGAUAUUUGAAACUUUUAACAUGGCAGCCUUGUGGAAACUGCCUUGCAUUUUUAUCUGUGAGAACAAUCGAUAUGGAAUGGGAACUUCUGUAGAGAGAGCUGCAGCCAGUACAGACUACUACAAAAGGGGAGACUUUAUUCCAGGACUUAGGGUUGAUGGCAUGGACGUCCUUGCUGUAAGAGAAGCAGCAAAAUUUGCUGCUGACCAUUGCCGAUCAGGAAAAGGUCCUAUUGUGAUGGAGCUACAGACAUAUCGAUAUCAUGGACACAGCAUGAGUGAUCCUGGAAUCAGUUACCGAACAAGAGAAGAAAUUCAAGAAGUCAGAAGCAAAAGUGAUCCCAUUACUCUUUUGAAGGACAGAAUGGUAAACUGCAACUUGGCUAGUGUGGAAGAGCUAAAGGAGAUUGAUGUGGAAGUAAGAAAAGAGAUUGAAGACGCAGCACAAUUUGCCACAACUGACCCUGAACCACCUCUGGAAGAACUAGGCAAUAAUAUUUAUUAUAAGGAGCCACCUUUUGAAGUGCGUGGCCCAAAUCAAUGGAUUCGGUAUAAAUCUGUUGGCUAAAUUAUUUGUUACUUCAGUCACUAGAAAAACUGGUGGAUUUUAUGCUGAGGUCAAUUCUUGUAUCUAUUCGUUUAGAUGGGAAAAAGUCAUUUGGCAGCAAAGUAGACAUUGGGGAUGGGGAUGGGGAAAGGAAAUAUCAUUGCAUACAAUGCUGAAAAAACAGAGUUUAUUAAUUUAUAUGUAAGCUUCAUGAUGUUCUUGGUUGCUGUACUUCUGAAAACUAUUAUGCUAAAAUCAUAUUAUGUACAGUAAAAAUUGGCACAUUAAAACUUCUGAACAGAUA